UUUUUUAUUAACAAAUGCGACAAAAAGGGUAUGCAAAUUAAAAGUGGGUUGUUGAGCAUGUAAUAAUAAAUUGAAGGAAUGGAGGGGAGUGAAGUGAAGUGAAGUGAGGAGUGUUGUUAUUUGUUAUACAGGUGGUGUCGAUUAUAUCAAGGCAUUAGUCGAUGGGGGAAGAAAGGGAGGAGAUGAAGGCUGCUGGACUUGGAGCUGGAUAUCGGGAAUUCAGUGGAAGACAUGAAUUCCCGUCCAACAUUGUGCACGGCGUGUUAGCUGUUGUGUUAUGGCUUUGGACUAUUCAUUUAAACGCUCUCUUGCUUCUUUCCCUUCUCUUCCUUCCUUUUUCCAAAUUCCUUGGUGUGCUUGGAUUCCUUUUGGUUUUCGCGUUUCUCCCAAUCGAUCCUCACAGUAAAUUUGGGCGGAGGUUGGCCAGGUAUAUAUGUAAGCAUCUUUGCAGUUAUUUUCCCACCACUCUCCACGUUGAGGACAUUCACGCCUUCCAUCCCGAUCGUGCUUACGUUUUUGGUUAUGAGCCACAUUCAGUUUGGCCAAUUGGAGUUGUUACGCUUGCUGAACUAACAGGUUUCCUGCCUCUUCCGAAACUGAAAUGCCUUGCAAGCAGCGCUGUAUUCUACACUCCAUUUUUGAGGCAUAUAUGGACAUGGUUGGGUGCCUCACCGGCAACAGGGAAAAACUUUUCUUCCCUAUUGGAUGCUGGUUAUAGUUGUAUUGUAGUGCCUGGUGGGGUGCAGGAGACAUUCCACAUGGAGAUUGGUUCUGAGAUUGCAUUCCUUAGGGCACGAAGAGGAUUUGUUCGCAUAGCCAUGCAAACGGGCUGCCCACUGGUCCCCGUUUUCUGCUUUGGUCAGUCACAUGCCUACAAGUGGUGGAAACCAGGUGGGAAGUUGUUCCUUCAAUUUUCCAGAGUUAUCAAGUUCACUCCCAUUUUGUUUUGGGGAAUUUUUGGAACUCCUUUACCCUAUCAACAUCCAAUGCAUGUGGUGGUGGGCAAACCUAUUGACUUGAAGAAAAAUCCACGGCCUAGCGAAGAAGAGAUCCUUGAAGUACAUGGCCAAUUUGUUCAAGCACUACAAGAUCUCUUUGAGAGGCACAAAGCUCGGGUUGGAUAUGCUGAUCUUCCAUUAAAGAUUCUUUGAUAUGAAAUUAGUUUGGGUUGGGUGCUUUCAAUGAAUAAUGUUUGUUUAUGUGCCUAUCUUCUUUAUUGUCUUAUUCAAUUGGAAUGUGAGGACAACAAAAGAAGUGCCAACUUAACUGGCUGGGAGAUACUUGAUUAAACAUAGUUAUAAACGUACAUUUGAUUUUACAAGUCUCAAUUGCAUGAAUCGGUGAAUAUGCGAUGUAUCUGAGUAGGCCUUUUUUGUCCAGCUCGGAUACUCGAACAAGGUUUGGUAAUUCAAAAACUUACCAAUGGAAAUUAAGUUCAUAAAUAGUCAAUUUAUC